AUGAUUUCGUUGAACCCUAGCAGCUUUGCUUUCUUCUUCAAAUUUCGUUUCGUCUGCGGUACGAAACUUUGUCUACGAGCUGUGUUCUCCUGGAAGUUUGUUCGUCGCCGUUCAUCUGGGUUACUGAUUUCCCAAAUUCCCGGGUUUGUGAAAUUCCUAAUCUUGCAAAUUGUCAUCGAUUUGGGUAUCUGUUCGAUUUUUAAUCCACAUGUAUUGUCUAGGGUUCCUGAAAUUCUUUUGCUACUAUCAUUAGUUGUCUAUGUGCCAUUGGAUGGAGAUGAGAAUGUAGGAAUGGCUAUCAAGUUGUUAGAUGAAGACACAGCUGCUUGGCCUCAGUGUGAAAAAAUACAAGCUACAGUCAAGAAACCACUGCUUAAUAGAUUUAGGGAUCAUAUAGUUGAAGGACAAGUUUAUAGAAUGGCAUAUUUUACUGUUGUGUCAAAUCAUGGUAGUUAUAGAGCAACUUCUCAUGAAUUCAAGUUGGUUUUCCUUCACCGAACCACUGUUGUAGCUGUUGAUGAAGAUGUAAUCCCUAAGACUUGUUUCAACAUGUUUCCUUUUUCUGAGCUGUUGAACAUGACCCAAGAUUAUGAUUUCUUAGUUGAUGUCAUUGGUUUUUUAACUUCAGUCGGAGAAGAGAAAGAAUAUGCAAAAGAGGGGAAAAUUGUGAAAAUGAUUGCAUUGGAAUUAACUUCGAAAGAUCUUACAGUGCGAUGUGCAUUGUUUGGGGAUUAUGUUAAUCAAGUGAAUCAUUUUCUUGCUUCUGGCUAUGUGGAGCAGCCUGUUGUGGUGAUUCAGCUUGCAAAAGUCAAGUUCUUUAGGGGUCAAGUAGGUCUUCAAAAUGUGAUGUAUGCUACUCAAAUGUUAUUUAAUCCUGAUAUUCCUGAAGUUGUUGUGUUCAGGCAGAGUAUGAUUGAGCAAGGUGUCAAUGGUACCCAUCCGCUGUUUAUUGCAAAUGAGGGUAAAGUUCUCUCAUUGGAAGAUGAUUUCAUGCGUUUAACCAGAAAAUGCACUAUUGAAGAGCUUCAAGAUAACAAUCAGGGUAUCUAUCCUCAAAAUGGUGCAUAUUACUGUGAUUUUUGUUUGAAGCACAUAACUAAUGUGACUCCAAGAUUUAAAAUUAAAAUAACAGUUGAAGAUAAUACUGGGGAGGGUAUUUUCCUUCUGUUUGAUCGUGAGGCAUCUUAUUUGCUUAAGAAGUCAUGUGCUGACUUGUUUACUGAGGUUCAAAGAGAUGCAAGUCUUAUAUGUGGGGAUACUUAUCCUCCCAUAUUUCAAGUGCUCAUUGGAAAGAAGUUGCUGCUCAAGGUUGAUACCAAAGGUGUCCCACAUGAUACAUUUUAUGGGACUUUCCGAGUUAGAAGAAUUUGUGAUGAUUCCACUAUUAUUGCGAUGUUUGAACUUCCCGAUUAUGACGCUGAUGACGAGUCUACUCCAAAAAAGGAGGAUGAUUUACACAAAUCUGUUCCUUAUGGAAAAGGGGAUGUUGGUAUUAAGAAGGAGUUUUCUGAUACUUUUAUGAAAAGUGAGAAAGAUGCUGAAGAGAAAACACCCAGCAAUAUUACUGUUAGUGAUGAUCUUUCUGCUGAACUCGAUAUAUUGCUUAGCUCAGCGGAAAAAGAAACUCAGGAGGUGUUGUCCCAUGUUGUUGAUGAAUCUUCGCAAUAUGGAAAGAAGCUUAUUCAUGAGAAUCAUGUUGUGACCUGCAAGGGUAAGAGGAAUUUGAAUCCAAAAUUUGAAGAGGCUGCUGUUGAUGUAGAUGGGCGUGGGUUGAAGGUUGCCAAGGUUAAUGGAGUUUGA